UCCAGACGGCCCUCGCAAACAUAAGGCUUUUCUUUAGAAGCAGCUCUGCUAGAGAAGAUCUUCAUUCUCGGCAUCUGUCAGACAAGUGUGCGAAGUGUGUAGUGCAGAAUGAGGCUGGUGCAUGGUUUGGUCCUGCUUUUGGCUGUCCCAGUUCUGGCUGCAGGACACGGUGUGGUAUCUGGAUGCCAGGACUGGAGUACGGUGAAGGAUUCCAAAAAUGUGUGCUGUAACAGGUGUAAACCAGGAAAUCGGCUUGUCACCGCCUGUGGUACAGAACCAAACGCUUUGUGUACUCCAUGUGGAAAUGACACCUAUAUUUCAGGCUCAGACCAGAAGAUCUGUCUCAGAUGCACUCAGUGUAUAGGUACACUGCAUGUCAAGGAGAAAUGUACUGCCAGCAGCGACACAGUUUGCGAGUGUUCUCAAGGAUUUCGCUGUGGAGAUAGCAAGUGCUCCUUCUGUGAAAAAGAGUGUAAGAAGGGACAUCAACCUACUAGAAACAGAACGUGUGAGCUAUGUCCUCCAGGCACAUACAAUGACCAAAUCCAUCACCACUGCAUCAACUGGACCAGAUGUUCGCAGCCUGGCCAGCAAAUAAUUGUUCCUGGAAAAGCGGAGUCUGAUGUAAUCUGUGGCCCUAAAAAGGAAACAAACCAAACCACGUUACCACAUGAUAACAAACCAACAAUGUCACCACUAAGCAACACAGAAAACAAUGCCACAUGGAUUCUCAUCAGUUUCGGGCUCCUCUGUAUAGCAAUACCUGUGCUUACAAUCCUUUACCUGGAAUUGAGAAGAGGAAAGGCAACCCACAAACCCCCUGGAACAAAAGAACCACUAAAUGCAGGGCCAAAUCAGAGGUCUCUUCCUGAAGAGUGCAGCUUCUGUUUUCCACAGCAGGAACAUGGCGGCAGCAGCAGUCAGAGCUCGAUGGCGUCACUGGUCUCAGAAGACAAGAUCUUGCCUUUAGAAGCAUGAAAAUGUUUUACUCUGUGUGUGUUUGUAGCAAGAUGACCAUUAUUUAACAUUCACCUGUUGAAUGAUCUGUGCAUAUGUGCUGUAGAAUUAGUUUUAUUUGUACAAUGUAAUUUAUUUGGUGAAUCCUACUUCACAAGCUAUACUACUGAAUUCACAGGCUUUAUGUUUAUAAAACUUUUGUUGACUUUGAAGAACAAUGUACCUUUUAUUGUUUUUUUUUAUCCUAUGUGCUACUUUUUUGAAAGAAAUCAUUUUGAACUUAGAAUUGUUUGCUUAAAAAAAUUAAAUAUUUUCUAGAGUAUGUGCUUGGCUAAAUCUUGAAGAUGUUUAAUACUUGGGUCUUACUGAAGCUUACCAUGAUUUCAGCAAGUAGAACGCGUACCUUUAUACACAUUCCAACGAUGAUCAGAUUUUAGGGAUGGGCUGAGGGAACACACUCUCACAGAGUUGGCUAAAUCAUUUCAAAUGGAACGAGUUGGGUCGUACAACUUUUACUUCUGGCUAACCAGCAUGAAUAUAAUGUAAAUAUUAUUUAUGUAUAGUGCAAGUCAUGGUUUAAAAUGAUUAAACUAAGUAUUAAGGGUCAGUGUUUAAACAAAGAUUUUUUAUGAACUGUAAGAUUAAUGAAUAAUGUCUUUGAAGUUCAUCCUAGAUUAACUGCAGAAAUUCACAUAGAUGCAAUUGUCCUUUGUAAGUUAGCUGAUGAAGGCAUUUGUUGGCAAUUCAUCGAUAGUCAUUGUAUUCCAUUAUAAGAGUGUAGUCUAUCAUUAGACCAACAUGAUGCAGGCUGAGAUCAGUGACAUGAAUGUAGAGAUAGAGGUGAUGUCACGGAGUGACUGUGGGAGUAAAUUUCAUAGCAUGGGUGCCAUAACAGCAAAAGAGUCAGAGGAGUUGAGAGUGUGGACUAAGCAACUCCGAAAGGUGUGUGUGUGUGUGUGUGGGGUUGGGGUAACCCUUUUCAAACAAAAGACUAGGAACAAGCCCUAUUUGGCAAAAUCAAAAUGAUCCUUGUUGAAAAAACAAAAAACAAACAAUAAAAAACUCUU